GCGAUACCUGUUCCGACGCCAUAGCCCUGACCCAGUUCAGCCUCCCCAAUUUAACGCCUUUACCAGAUUCCAUUUUCCCACCAGAACGGGACCCCACCUCCUAAAUGAAAUCGAUCUUGAAGAUCAUUUCUUCACCAACUCUUGCUCGACCCAUUGCGACUUCUCCCGCUUUUGCGGUUCGACUCACCGCUCCACGAGGUAGAACGAAUUGCUGUGUUGACAUUUGUCCAACGCAGCUUGCAACAUUGGAUUUGAGCAAGCACAGGCUGAACAAUCAAUAAGCAAGAGGACCUUCGAGUCUGGAGCCGGCUGAUUUCAGCUGGUUAUUUUCGCCAUGGCGACCAAGUUCUCCAGGGCCCCAAUGGCCAGCAUGCACACAUCCGGGAUCUUUUCCGACAUGACUGUCGACGGUCCCGAGAUUGGCACGCUCGUGAUCAUUGUCGAUAAGGCGAAAAAUCUACCUAAUCGCCGAACUAUGGGCAAACAGGAUCCAUACUGCGCAGCACGGCUAGGGAAAGAAGCUAAGAAAACCGAGACAGAUAAACGUGGUGGUCAAACUCCUAGAUGGGAUCAAGAACUCCGGUUCACGGUGCAUGACUCCCCGGAUUAUAACCAACUCAAAGUGUCCGUCUUCAAUGAUGACAAAAAGACCGAGUUGAUUGGGGAAGCCUGGGUUUCUUUGGAAGCUGUCGUGAUUCCUGGCGGUGGCCAGAAUGACCUAUGGCAUACUCUCACUUACAGAGGAAAGUAUGCCGGAGAAAUUCGGAUCGAGUUGACAUAUUACGAUACAAGACAGAAGGAAGCCAAAGUGAGCGAGAAGCAGAGAGAAGUCGCAAAAGCGGACGCAGAUCCUGCCGAAAAGACCGCCUUGGCUGGGCCACGACAGCUGAAACCUGUGAGACGUAGACCGCUUCCGACUGAUCCUACCGGCACAGCCUCAGCUUCGACAGUGCCAUUGAUCCCACCGCAGGCGUCUGUGCCGCCUUCAGCGACAGCAAGGACACUUCCGCCUGCGCUUAGUCAAAAUGCCCAUAGACAAGCUUAUCCUCCGGAGCGCAUGGCUGCCGGCCCGCCAGCGCCAAAUCCAUACGAACGACACGCGGCAGCGUACCAGCGAGCAGCACUCGGGGCUCGAGAGCCUCCGACUGCUCGAAGUCAGGGGAUCCCAGCUCCCGCGCCCCAAAAACCCGUCCUUUACGCUGAACCGGCAAGCUAUGAAUCCUAUUUGCCGGAGGAAAGCGCGACUCACGCUCCUUAUUCGGCUCCUCGCGCUUCCGGGCACGGAUACAAUCGUUUUGAUCCGUACGAUGCUGGGGUUGGGGAUACCAGGAGGCCAGUUCAAUCAACGCAAGAGCCGGCUCACAUUGUCGUACCGACACCAUCAGCUCCUGUUCUCGAGACUGUUUCGCAGCCGGUUUACGGUGCUACUCAUAACAUAGCACCGACUGCUCACGAGAUUGUCGCCAAUGAUUAUGCUGGAGCACCCCCUCACUCUGCUCCACCAGUAAUGCCACUAUUGGGAGCACCUGAACGGUAUGCUACUGCGAAUCAAGUAUCUCAACUUCCCCCACCUCGAUCGAUUCCGCCUCGGGCGAGCACUUAUUAUGAUAAUCACCCCCGUCAUCAGUCCGCAGAAUCGAUUUAUAAUGGUUUGCCAGCGCCAAUUCAGGCUUCAAUGAUGCCGUCCGCACGAGUUGCGCUUCCCGAAGUCGAUGAUGGGCCACCUCCCCCACCUCCAGCUCAUAAGAGCCGCGCUUCAGUCGCUCGGGUUGGAUACGACUAUGCAAUACCACCAGCGCCGCUGAAUAUUCCAAGAAUGAAGUCUGUCGACUUACCAAGCUAUGAGAGCAUUGCAGAGCAGCCGCAACACCAACAAUUCUCAGCGGCUACUCAAGCUGUGGUUCCUUUGUCAGGAGUUGAGGCUCAACAAUUUGAAGUCUCGACGCCUUCUCGUAGCAAUUACAGUCGCUCACACAGGCGUGUGUCGGGAGAAGUGAUGCUCCCAUCGCCAGGGACAGAAGUUCCCUUUGGCAUGCCCCCAAGCUUGGUACCUGGCUAUGAUCCUAGCGUUGCAGACGAGGUGUCAGACCGUAUGGUGCAUGAGAGGCGAAUGAGCCAUGUGCAACCGGAACGAAUGGAACCGAUUGUUGAUUCCCGGCCCCCGCCUACCUACGAUCACCAACCUAGCGUCCAUGAUGAAUAUGAGGAGGAGAUGUUAUCACUUCCGUACCCUGUGAAUACAGAGGAACGCGCCGGAAGACAAGAGCGUACGCCUGCGGCUGCGGUUGCACCUCUUGUCAAACCUCGAGCUGUCAGCCCUGUUGCCCAGAGGGUGAGCGUGAGCCCUGGUCUCCAGCAGAGACCAACUCGGAAAUCGGUCAGCCCACACCCUGAAGUUCGGUCUCCUGAGAGACGGCUGUCGGGCGCGCCAUUCUCACCGGAUUCUUACGAUAUACUAAACCCCAAAGCAAGCUCUUCCAGUCUCAAUCUGUCAUCACAGUACCACUCUGCCGAUCCUUCCUUGGAACCAAUGCGUGAUGAUGGGACACUGAUUGGACAUGACGGAAGGGUCAUUGAUCCUUCAGAUCAUCUUCCGACCCACACGUGGGCUCCUGAACCAGAGGCAAAGACCCCCAAAAAGGUUGCAGAACCUGCACCUCGGUCACGGCCAAGCCCUCAUGGAGCGCAGCCAAUGCUUCCCGCCGUUCGUCGACCUCUUCGCGAAACACGCCCGCAUUCGAUUGCCGGGCCAGUGUAUUCACAUCCUAAGGAUCCAUUUACCCCGCCUAGCGUCAGCCGAUAUCGAUUGCAAAAUGGCAGCGGAAAGUCUCCCACGCAUCCGGCUUCCAGCCCUAUUGUGCCUACGGUGAACACUACCCCGCGCUCGCAACCACGAAGUGCCGUGUCGGGCUAUCCCCUACGCGAGCGCGAGAAUUAUGGCUAUGAUUCGAGCCCUCGAUACAGUGGAUAUGGCAGCAGCGUGCAUAGCUCUCCUGGAGGUAUCCCUCCACUGCCGGCUAAGCUGCCGCUUAGUGGACUCGAGCAGCAAGAUCCAAGCAUGGCAGCUCUGAGCGAAGAGAUGAAACGCAUUGACAUUGGUACUGUGAGUCGAGGGCGAGUACGACGAAGUCGAUUUGGUCCUUGAAUGAGCUCUAUCACCCAUGUCAUUUGGGGGCGUCUUUUUUUUUAUUUUUUUUCCCUUAAUUAUUUUUCCGGUUCUUUGUGCAUCGAUCGCACACGCCAUGAUCCAUUUAUGAGUACUGGUUGCAUCGUAAUCAUACACCGUGCAAUUUCCUUUAUUCUUCAUUUCCUCCCUUUUUCCAUCGUCUUCUUCAAAUUUCUCUUUUCACAUGGAUAAUAAUUCGCGGGCGAAGAACUUGGAUCUCAGCACCAAAUGUUUGGAGAACUAUUACGGCGUCGAUGCAAUAGACGGGGGCAUAAGGCAAGCUAGGCUUGGAUAUGAACACGACCUUAAGAUAUUGAUAUUACCUCACGCAUGAUCAAUAACGAUUUACCG